GAUAAGAAAAUUCGAGUCUAUGUAAGGUUGAGAGACGAGCGAUGCUUCGAUUAACUAAUUGGAACUGUCAACGGACAGGUUGCUGGGCGGACUAGGAGUUGCUGUCGCUUGUUCCUCAAGGCUGAAUGGUUAAUCCUCAUCCUCGCUGCGGCCUCCCGCCCCCUCCUGCCUCUCCCUCCCAAGUCCCAGCAACCCCACUACCCCACGCCAGCAUCAGCAUCAGCAACAGAAGCGCAGCUACCACCAGCGGAGAAGUGAACGUGACAACAAGGCGCUGCAAGCUCACUGGCUGCAAGAGAAAGAAGGAAACCAAGAACAACAGAAAAGAAGAACUCAAAAAAAAACCAACUACCCGCCUGCCUGGAAACAUAGGCACCCACUCGCCAACCAUGCCGCCCGCACCCGCCCAGGAAACCGACACCAAAGACCGCAUCACCUGCCACGUGCUCGACACCACGCUGGGCCAGCCGGCCCGCGGCAUGCGCGUCAAGCUGGAGCUCCUCUCCACCACCACGACGACCACCACCACCACCGUGCUCCCGCCCAACAACAACGUCGUCUUCGAGUCGCAGACCGACGACGACGGCCGCGUCCGCGCCUGGCUGCCCUACUCGUCCGCCACCUCCUCGGGCGAGGUGCCCGUCUACACGCUGGAGGACGUGCUCGGCGGGCUGGCGGCCACCAACACCACAACCACCACCACUAGCAGCACCACCAACAGCAACAGUGGCAGCAGUAGCGGUAGGGCGGAAGGCGCACCCGCAGCCGAAGAAGCUGCACAAAGUACCGGUGGCGGCGGCGGCGGCGGCGGCGGUGGUGGUGGGAGUACAUGUAGUAGUAGUACCAGCAGCACGUGGAUGCUGCGGUUCGACAGCGCGGGGUACUUCGGCGGGCCGGACAAGACGUUCUACCCGGAGGUGCAGGUGGUGUUCACGGUGCGGGCGGGCGAGCGGUACCACGUGCCGCUGCUGCUGGCGCCGUUUGGGUAUACCACGUACCGGGGCAGCUGAGCGGGCGGCCUGGCGGAUGGGAUCGGAUGGUUCGGCUGGGGG